UAACAAUUGUUCUUGUCCUCACUAGAAAGCGCUAGGUGACCAAAAUAACAGUAGUUGAGCGCAAGAAGUGCUGGCUGUUGUUUGACGUUGAGCAGUUACUGGAGACCAAAUGAAGUAGAUUAAGAUGGGUGUGGGGCAGGGGCUCAUGCUCUCCACAGGGAUCAGAGGUCAGGGCGAACUUCUCCGGGGACAUAGGAGAAAGAUGGCCGUGGAGUUGCGCCUUACCCCGGAGGAAAUUCAGAAGGAACCUGAAAAGCCAAUAGGCCGCAGGAAGACAUGCCCUCUCUUGCUGUGGGUUUUCACCACCAGUAAUGGUCAACACGACCAAAAAAUGGACAAGUUUUCCUACGGAAAUGUACCAUCCAGCGAACUGCAUAGCUACACUUGGAUGGAUGCCAUCUUGAAAGAACUGACUAGUUUUGUAAAAGAUGUCUACCCAGAAACUAGAAAGAAGGGCACACGCUUCAAUUUUGCAAUUUUUUUUUUUUUUUUUACAGACCUUAAAAGGCCUGGCUAUCAAGUUAAGGACAUUGGCAGCACCACGUCCGGCAGAAAGGGGACUGAUGAUUCCAUGACGCUGCAGUCACAAAAGUUCCAAAUAGGAAGUUAUUUGGAUAUAGCAAUGACCCCUCCAAGUCAGGGACCACCUCCUUCAGGAGUUCGAUCGGUAGCAGGAGCGGAGAGCGGAGAGCGGACCCCAGAGAGCCCUGAGCAGCUCCACCACCGCCGGUCUAGUUAUCAUCACACCCUGGGGGGAGAUGCAGCUGCCGCAGCCAGCCCCAGUCACCACCACUGUAACCGUGAGCACCUGUUAACAAAGGCAUUGAAAUUAAACAAACAAACAAAAAAUCCUCUUGCAAAAUCGCCUUUCUUUGAGAGGAAUGGGUGGAAACAUCUCCUCGGCCACUGUGCAAUCUCUUGCAAAAUCCAGUUUUGUUAAGAAUCCUGCUAAGCAAGUUCUGAGAGAAGUGUUCAACCUUAAUAUCUUUUAAAAAUAUUUGUUUUUG